CAACUACGGAUGACAAACCCGGGUCGGGAGGUUGACAAGAGCUUGAACUCUCUGAACGGCAUGGAUCGCAAAGGAAAACCCAAGAAACGCACCGUUACACAGCAGCAGAAGCUCAUCAAUCAUCGAAUCAACAUGGUCGAGUUCCGCAUCAGGAAGAAAGAACAGUUUGAGCGCUUGAAGAAAGAACACGAACGACUAGAGCGUGAGAUGAAGCGUUUAUUAGCAGGGUUGCAGAAUGAUUUUUCGCAUGAAUCCCUUUGGGUUUACUUUGGGGAGCAAAAUAUGGUCAGGUCCAUGGUUGAGUUGAUCGUCGAGAAGGAGAAGCUGCGGAAACAAAAUGUUGCUCGUCGUACCGAUGUUCAGCGUCACGACGCCUUUCGCAAGGAGAGCCCACCUUCGACUAUCAUCCGCUUUCCAUUGAGGAAGUGA